GAAGUGGACAUAAGUAAAUUCUAAAGCAAAUUUACUCUUCAAUGUCUACCUUUUUAGGGUCUCCCUCUGCGGCUCUUUACUUUAUUCCCUGCAUCUCUAUUAUCCGCUUCUCCAAAUUUCUUCCAUUCAAGUUCGGCGGAAGCUGUUUCCACUAUUUUUCAUCCUCAAGAAAGCAAGCUAUGAAUCAACCAAUGUGCAUAUGGGUAUCCUCGGAUGGGCGCGGAUUAACCACGCAGAAAUCCAAGCGACGGCCUCUCAGCUUCCAUUGAUGACUAUGAGUGAUGCGAUGCGACUCGCGCAAAGGCCUCCUUUUUCUUCUUUCGUUUUUCGGUGGAAAAUCACGUAAUCGACCCGUUCUGAGAAAUUUUCCCUGGCCUGCAUGCACUUGCAGGCAGUACCAGCCGUUCGUUCCCAACUUGACAAACUAGGGUUUUGUCUCAGUCGGAUUCUUCCCUGCGUUUUCCCAAAUAUACAUGCUUGCUUUGUUUAUUAUUAUUUACGGGACCCCUUCAGUUUUUUCGUUUUCAUUUUUUUUUGGAAUAAGAACUUUCAUUACCCCAUAUACGUGAAGACCCGCAUAUUUCUUUUUACUUUUUCUUUUUUAGUAAUUUUCUUCACUGAGAAAGUUUCGAGGAAGAUUCUUCAGCGGUUGGGGAAAACGCGAGGGCAAAAAUCUUCUGGGAAAGCGGCUAUUUCUUGUUUUUACUCUGAAGUCGCCAAUUUCUGGCCAAAAAUAGGUCAGGACUGUAAUUGGUUUUGGUACAUAUAGAUUUCUGUCUAGGAAUUUCCCUCUUGAGUUUCCAUUAGACAAGAAAAGAUAGGGCAAUUUUUGAAUUUUGUCUUCUGGGUACCCUGAUUUGCCGAUUUUUCUAUGGAUCCGAAUCCUGUGAUACAUGAAAUAAGCUCAGAUGAAGAGGUAGGGUUGGGCGAGUACAACUGCGGGGGCGAUGAUAACUAUGAUUGGAUUACGGAGCUUCUUGGAGAAGUCGAUAAAGAAACAGACGAUUCCGAUGAAGUUCUCGUGGUCGCUGAAGUGCCACCCAAGCAGAGGAUUAAGUCGUCCAGUGCUGUCAAGUCGUCAGUGAACGAUGUAGACGAUGACUGCGUUAUUUUGGACGGGGACCCAGAUAACCCAGUGGGGGUUGUGAAUGACUCCGGGAAUGGAUCAGAUGAUUUGCUCAUUGUUUGCGAGAAGGGUCAGAUUGCAUGCAGAGAUUAUCCUCAUUCACGGCACUGCUGUGCUAAGUUUCCUUUCAGUUCUACCUCGCAUGAGAAGCAUUGUGAACUGUGUCACUGUUAUGUUUGUGAUUCCCUUGCACCAUGUGACCAUUGGGGCACUGGCACCUCCAAUCAUGAUCAUUGUCACGCCACUGACAAAGAGGACGCGUGGAAACUUCUAAGGAUAGAAUUCAAGAAAGGAAAAACGGGGCCACUGCCAAUUCCUAAAUUUCUUGAUGCUCCUUUCUCUGCGGCACAGCCCCCAGCUAAUCUAGUUCCUCCACUGGACCGACUGCAAUCCAACACCAUGCCACUGAUUCAGAUCUCCAGGCCAAAUGCAAUUCGUGCUUGCUCAUCAUCUAGGAAUUUUGGCAUCCCAAAUAUCAUAAGCCAAGGUCGAAGUCCACGAUCAGGAUAUGGCUUGGCUAGAAACAGAUUCCAUCCACGUUUAGUCUCACAACAUCUGCAUGGUACAUGGAAUAAUACCAGUCGGCAGGGUAGAGGCCAGAGUGUCAGUGGUUUAGACCCUCAUUUCGUCCCUUCCCAUGCAAUGUUUAAGAGGGCAGGGCCUGUUGGAGGUGGCUUGACACACCGGUCCAGCUUUACUUCAGCUAGUGUGAAUCAUCUUCAUGCAACAGCUCCAAAGUAUUCAGCAAAUCCUCCCCCGACAACUCUCAGUGACAGAAAUCCUGUAAAUUGUUGGGAAUAUAAUCCUAUUAUGAAUUUGGAGUCGGGUACAUAUCAGAGCUCCUCCCAGUCAAAUACAAACGACAUGGUAACUCCUAAUGACAAAAAUUCUCUAAAUUGGCGGGAUUAUAAUUCCAUUAUGAAUUCAGAGUCAGGUACAUAUCAGAGUUCCUCCCAGCCAAAUAUCAGCAACAUGCUUGCAAAUGCAAUGCCUUCACAGCCCCCAUUAUCUAGUCAGCAUAUUCCACAACCAAAUGAUGGCCAAAGUUUCUAUUAUCAGCAGCAGCAGCAGCAGCAGGGGGAUCAAAUCCAAAAUGUGGCACAUCCAACUCUCUCAGAUUUCAACAUAAGUUGGUUAAAUGAUACCAGUCUGAGCAGCCGAAACUUCCAUGAUGAUUCCCAACUUCAAAAUGCAGCGCCAACUUCUGACCCGUCUACUGUCACAGAGUACAAUCCUGAGCUUCCUGGACUUGCCAAACCUGAUCCAUCGCCAUUAGAGUUGGAAUUUGAGAAUUGGAUUGCUGAGAAUCAGUCUGUAUCAAGAGGUCCAGAUGAAACUGUGCCAGCCGCACUCGAUACGCUCUCCCCAGAGCCAGGUAUGCUUUUAUUUGAUUUUGAGACUGCCUGGAUGGGGUGAGGCAUGGCAUGUGUGGCCAAUUAGCCCCUGCUUUUCGUUGCAGGAAAUUAAGUAGAGGAGUUGUACCUUUUCAAAAAGGAUAUGAUUUCAGUAGAGGAUGUUUUGUAAUGUACAGUGUAUCUGGAAGCAUGAGUGCGCAGUGGGAUGAAUGAUUGUGUACAGUUGCUGCUGCUUGGGUUAUCAUGUCAAAUGUCUGGUUUGCAAACUAGAAGAGAAUAGGCUUACAGAUGGGACGAAAAUGAAAUCAAAAACUGAAUCAAGAAUAUGCAAAUGUUUUAGUGAUGGAAUUAAUUUUAUUUUAUUCAA